AUGACUUCGGCACAGGUGCAUACUUUUUUAGAAGCUUUAGAGGCACUAAAACAGGAUUAUACAUGUGGCGUUUGUUUAGAAAUGUGUAAAAAACCGGUCACCUUAAAAUCUUGUUUUCAUUUAAUUUGUGAAGAACACUUAAAGAAAUUAGACAAAUGUCCCACCUGUCAUACACGCAUAACAGAAAAUGAUGCCUUUAAGGAUGAUCGCUUGGAAGCUUGUAUUUAUUCUGCUAAAGAGCUAGAUAAAAUAUUUACUCCCUUAAAAUUGAACAUAAGUACGUUACAAUCGUCUAAAGUAGACGACAGCGCAACCACUGUAGGAAAUACAACAAGAAUUGAUAAAAUAACAAAAUCCAAAGCAGGAGAUAAAGAAAGUAGUAAAGUUUCUACAAAAUCUAAUAAAAAAAAUUCCAAAAAUGAAAAUCUUACUGUUGCAAGCUCCUCAAAAUCGAAUAAGACCCUUGAAAAACGUAAUAAUAAAGGUGAUUCUGCUUUACAUGUUGCUUGCCCUCUUCAGAAGGUCGAUAGGUCAGCGGAAUUACUCAAUGAGGGUGCAAAUCCAAACACUUCACUGCUAUCCGUUGCAAGCUCUUCAAAAUUGAAUAAGGCUUUUGAAAAACGUAAUAAUAAAGGUGAGACUGCUUUACAUGUUGCUUGUCGUCUUGGGAAAGUUGAUAAGGUGGUAGAGUUGCUCAACGAGGGUGCUAAUCCUAACACUAAUGAUAAUGCUGGUUGGACACCCCUCCAUGAAGUGGUCCAGAAUGGUAGACUUGACUUGGUCAAGUUAUUGCUUCAACACAACACUCUCGUCAAUGUGCCUGGUCAAGGUAAUGAAACCCCAUUACACGAAGCAGUGAGAUACAACCAUAAAGAUAUUGUUGAAGAGUUAGUUAGACAUGGUGCUCAUUUAUAUGCAAGAAAUUGCAAAGGUGAGACACCUGUACAGUUAGCCUCUAAUGAAAUUAAAAAGGUAUUGGAGGAAGCUGCUGAAAAUAUACUCCAAACGCAAGGUGCUAAUGUGACUCACAUAUCUGAACUUCAAACGGAACUUGAUUUUGAUGACAUAAGGAUAUACUGUAUCUCACAAUUUCGUACAGUUCACAAUAAAUUAAAAACAUUAUGUAAACAUCACAACAAUAUGCAUAUAGAGACAAAAUUCACCAAAAAGGUCACACAUUUAUUACUUGACACCGAAGAUGAUGGAGUGUGUACACCUAAUUUAGAUGUUUUACAAGGCAUAGUUUAUGGGAUUUGGAUUUUAUCAUCUCAGUGGAUAACUAAGUCUACAGAAGAUAAAUUAGAACCAUUCAACAAUUAUGAAGUGAAGGGAGUUGGUACUACAAAAUUUAAUGGCCCCAAAAAUGCUAGAUAUAAUAAAUAUAAAAAGCUUCCUGGCCUUUUCAAUGGUUGUCAUUUUUAUUUACACAAUUUCAAUACUAAUUAUGAAAUUUCUAAAACCAUUAUCUUGAAUAAAACAAUACUUUCUAAAUUAAUAACCGAUGCUGACGGUAUUGUUCUCAGAAGGGUUCCAAACCCAGAACUAAUUCCAGAGGCAGAGCAACUGGUGCCAUAUCAUGCAAAGAAGGGUGGGAAAUUAGAUAUGUGCUCUCAUUACAUUAUUUUCAAAGACAUGUAUGAACCAAUGUACAAUAUGAAACAUUUCAAAGCAUUGCCAGUCGGUUGGUUAAUUGAAUGUAUAGAGAAAUAUGAGCUGUGUGAACCUGAGUAA